GCUGUUGCUGCUGCUGCUGCUGCUGCUAAAUAUCCGCCUCCCUAAAAGCGAAGGUAGCGGCGCUAAGGGCAGGGAAACCUCGUUUUUCCCUCGGGAAGCCUUAAGUCCACAAAUACCCGGAUCCCCCAACGGAAGCUCAUCAUUCUGCUCAGCUCAUACCUGACAACUAUAUUAAAAAUGGCUGCUAGUAAGGCAAAAAGUCAAAGCUCUCUUGCCCUUCACAAAGUAAUCAUGGUUGGUAGUGGAGGCGUUGGCAAAUCAGCACUUACACUUCAGUUUAUGUAUGAUGAGUUUGUUGAAGACUAUGAACCAACCAAGGCUGAUAGUUACAGAAAAAAAGUUGUUCUAGAUGGGGAAGAAGUCCAAAUAGAUAUUCUGGAUACAGCUGGGCAGGAAGAUUAUGCAGCUAUUCGAGACAACUAUUUCCGGAGUGGAGAAGGUUUUCUCUUAGUUUUCUCCAUAACUGAGCACGAAUCCUUUACAGCUACAGCAGAAUUUAGAGAACAGAUUCUCCGUGUAAAAGCUGAAGAGGAUAAAAUCCCAUUACUAGUAGUGGGGAACAAAUCAGACUUGGAGGACCGCCGACAAGUGCCUGUAGAAGCUGCUCGGAGUAAAGCAGAAGAGUGGGGAGUACAGUAUGUAGAGACAUCAGCAAAAACAAGAGCAAAUGUAGACAAGGUAUUUUUUGAUUUGAUGAGAGAAAUUAGAUCCAAGAAAAUGUCAGAUAAUAAAGACAAGAAUGGCAAAAAAAGCAGCAAGAAUAAGAAGAGUUUUAAAGAACGAUGUUGCUUAUUGUGAUCUUUAAGAGCUACACUUAUAGGUGACAGUACUAACAAGACAUUUUACUACUAACAAUAGAGGACUGAAUUAAUAAGAAGAAAUCUGAAUUCAAUACAUUUUUUUCAACUCACAUUGAUAUAAGAAUUGAAGUUCAGCAGAUCCAUGUAUACCAAGAAGGAUGAUUCUUGAAAGCAGCUUUCACUGGUAAACAGUAAUGCAAGCAUUUUUUUCCCCUUUUAUCAUAAGCAAUUUACCUGUUAGUCAUAUGGUGCACUCUGAAUUUACCUCCGGAUGCUGCUCCAAGGGCACUCCUCAACAACUCUUCACCACCCUUUUUUUGUUUAAAUGGCGUUCCACCAAAGUUGUAGCUGUCUUUUCUUUCUGACUUCAUUUUGUGUGCUCUUAAAGGCUUAAGCCUUCAGUGAUUUUUUUUUAAAAAAAACCACAAGUUGACAAAAUGAGCUAUUUCUAGCCUUUAAAAUGUAUAGUGCUGCUUAAAAUAAGUUAUGGUGGUGUCAGUUUUGCUGUUUUGCCAACAUAUUAGAUGGACAGUGUAAGGCUUAUCUCUAAAAAAAAAAAAACAGAAUAGUGAGCAUUUCCGUAAUGACUAUAGUAAAUUUCAGAACAUUAGUAAUUAUAUUCUGGCAAAUUAAUACUGUCUUAAAUCGGGAGUAAAUUAACUAGGCAUCUUGAUGCAGAGGAGUUUCUAAGAUUAACCCAAUUUUUCAGUACAUUUGUUGAGGAUUGUAGUAUUUGAAAUCCAAGACGUAUGAAUGACAUCAAGCUAGAAGUUUUUGGUUUAUUCCAUUGAGUAAUUCUACCCUUCCUCCCAAAGACUUGGUUUCCUCCCAAAACUUGGACAUUUUUACUCAUGGUGUUGUGAUGGUUUGGAGUCAUGUAUUGAAGCCAUAGUGGUUGCUACAUUUGCUCUCAAUGUUUAACAGAAGAAGGGGUUUUUUUUUAAUGUGAAAGUUCACAUUAUGUAGUUUCAUGAAUUGGAUACAGCCCUUGUUUUAAAAGUGGGUGGUUAAAAAAAAAUCCACCAGUCCUUAUCCUGCACUUACUCCAUUUGAACUGUGAAAAAAAAAUAAGAAACUUGUAUAGAAACUAGUAGUUUGUUCGAACCAGAGAAACUUAAUGAUGUAUUAUAGUUGGCUUUACUUUCUUUCUCCCAUCAGAGUUGUUGGUAUCAGCCUAGGUGACGUCAAGACAUGAAAUUCCACUCCUGAGUGAGCACGCACUAGUGCUUUCCACAUUGUGGAGCAGUGGUGGCUAAAUUAAAAAGACGGAGAUGUGCAAUCUUUUCAUAUAUAUAUCUAUAUCCAAGUUAAUAAGGAGCAGUUGCCAAGAAGUCUGACUCUUGGUUUCCUUGUACAAGAACUUUUUAUAAUUAUUCACUGGAUAAUGGGAUAAAGUUUGUAAAGACAGCUAAAUUUAUUCAGUUAACAAUUGUUUUUCUUUUUUUGUCACUAUUUGAUCAUUAAUGGGGUAAAUAAAAAUGGCAUGUGGAAGUAUAUCAUUACACUUUUAAAAAAUAGUUCUGGCCAAUUCAUUAAACCAUUCUUUCUCAA